GCGGUGGAGCUUAGCUGCAGCUGGCGACUCCGGCUCUCUCAGGCUGCUGGGCAAAAAGGCUCCGCGCCCGCAGCCCCGCAAACGCCGAGAGGCUGCCGCAGACAGGAGGUCGCCCGCGUUUCCUCGCGGCGCCUGAGGAAGCCGAGUUACAACUUGUGAGCGCCGGCAGCAGAGGCAGCGCCGCCUGCGACGUCUUCUCGAGCGGCUUCUCCCCAAAGUUGCUCCAGCCCCCCCGCGCCUUCGGAGAGAGCUGUGCUAACGCUGCCUGCGAGGCGGGAGGUCGCCGGGCGGUCGGAUUGCCUUAUGCUACUCUGAGGUGCACAAACAGAACAAGGAGGAGAUAGAGAAGUUUGAAAAUUCCUUCUCCCAAGGAAGAAAAAAAAAAGAGGAAAGAUUCAAGUUAUCACCAAGAGGCAGAAGGGCAAUGCACUAUUGCUUAUGCUUGCUGAUGUAGAGUCUACUGUUCAAUCCAUAUUUAUAUCAGUUGGACUUGAGGAAAAGAAGAAAUAUUUAACUUGAAAGUCAAAAUUAUCUGCUCCCAAGGUUAAGGUUAAACGUGGCCAGUAAAAGGUACAUGGGACAUAUAUACUAUUAGAGAUUAUCGUAGACGUUCCAAGAGCUGCAUAAAAUCAAUUGGACUGCAUAGCCUGCAUAAACAUGGAGGGGGAUUGUUUGAGCUGCAUGAAAUAUCUGAUGUUUGUCUUCAAUUUCUUCAUAUUUCUGGGUGGUACCUGUCUCCUGGGAGUUGGAAUCUGGGUCAUAGUUGAUCCCACAGGAUUUCGAGAGAUCGUGGCUACUAACCCUUUGCUCUUUACUGGAGCAUACAUCAUGGUGGCUAUGGGAGCUAUGCUCUUCUUGCUGGGAUUCCUUGGUUGCUGUGGAGCGAUCCGUGAAAACAAAUGUCUUCUUCUUUUUUUCUUCAUGUUUAUUUUGCUAAUCUUCCUGGCAGAACUCUCGGCUGCAAUCUUGGCAUUUAUCUUCAGAGAAAAUCUGACCAGAGAAUUUUUUACCAAGGAACUGAAAAAGCAUUAUCAGGGGAACAAUGAAUCAGACGUCUUUUCUUCCACCUGGAACUCAGUCAUGAUCACAUUUGGGUGCUGUGGUGUCAAUGGUCCGGAAGAUUUCGAGGCAACCUCUCUUUCCAUUUUUCUGGAUUCCUAUCCUGCUAUUCCUGAAGUUUGUUGUAAACGGGAGCUCCAGUCUCGUGAUGCAGCAUUCAUCAAUAAAGAAGAAUGUUUGAAAGGAAGGGAAGUCUAUCAGAACCAACAGGGUUGCUACACUGUGAUCCUGAAUUCCCUUGAAACCUAUGUGUAUCUUGCAGGAGCUCUUGCCAUUGGUGUUUUAGCCAUCGAGCUGUUUGCUAUGAUCUUUGCUAUGUGCCUCUUUCGGGGGAUCCAGUAGGAAGUGUUUCAUGAGCCACAAAUGAUUUUUCAAGGACUUGCUUUGAAGAAGGAAAAGAAAAAAAAGAUAAACUUUAUUUUUUCGGUUAGCAAACUAAAAAAGGAGGGAAAGGACUGUAAUAUAUUAAUGAUCAAAAGGAUUGUACUUCAGGGGCUGGAACUUUGAGGUGCUGUCUAGUUCCUUGCCAUCUCCAAGAGGAGUCAUUCAUCUGAAGCCACUCAAAUGGAUUGCACUAAAAGCCUGCAAGACAGGAUGGGAAAUGAACUCUAAUAAUAUCCAGGAUGUUGUCUGGAACACACAUCUCUCAUACAAUAAUGAUCCAUUGAUUGAAGAAGAUAAAGAAGACUACCUACUUUAAACGAGAUCAUCAUUUAAAAUACCAAAACUGUCAUCUAAAGCAUUGAGAUGUAUACAGAUUACUUCAGUUUUAAGCUAAGUGGGGGAAAUGCAUUGGCACUUGACUUGCAAGCGUUCUACCAAGAUAGAUAGUUUUCCAUCUCAUGUGUGAUCCAGAAGAUACAAGCAUUCAGGAAUGCUUGGAAUGGAGAAUGCCUUCUCCAAGAAUCUUGAGGGUGGGGUUGUGUGUAUCAGAUCUAAUGGUGAAAAGUAGGGUAAGCUGAAAUCAGUGCAUACCAUUUUAGUGCAUACCAUUUAUCACACUGAAUUUUCUUAUCAGUGUUAUGUGAAAACAAAGACUAAAGCAGCUCAGCUGCUGGUUCCCUCACCUUAAGAAAAAAAAGUAUGUUCUUGUCUAGAAUUGUUGGUGCUGCCUCCCCUAAGGAGAUGUAUCUGUUUUGGGUUUUUUAGGCUUUUGAAUGUCUUGUCACCAUCAUGGUCUGUGAAAAAUACAUUGCCAAGUUUGGCCUUCAUAUAGCAAUUGAUUUAGCUUGGUGUCUUGUCCCCAUGUGCCUUUCAACUGCGUUAAAAAUAAUCCCCAACAAGCACGGAAAGCAGUGAGGCAUUUUUGCAGUUGCCUUUUGCAAAAUUUAAUUUGUAAAUUUUGUGGUGUUGCUUCUGACUUAGGCAUUCUUCGCAUAAAAAAACCCAAUAUACUCUGAUUGUUUUUUUUUUUCUUUUCAUUUUUAACUGUUGCCAAGUUCUAGCUUCAGUGGUCUAUUAUCCACUCAGCAAACACAGUCAAUAAGCCCAAGAGGCAGAACUGAAGUUCCAGAACUGAAGUUCCAAGUAGCAAUGUGUAAAACAUGUGAAGUACAAAGAAUUUUGAGCUUGAAACUUUCCAUUUCAAGUUUUAAACAGUUCCUUCAAGUUUGAAAUGGUUUUCUCUGACCAUUCCAGAAGAGUCAAACUGCCCCAAAACACUUGCUUCAAACUGGGAAUAUUUUGUUCAGCCUUAAAUGUUGUUGUUUAGGAUUCUGAUGAAUAUGUAAAUUAGAGUGAAAUUGCAUUAUUUACUGAAUGGUGGACAAAGAUGUAAACUGGCAAAAUAAUAUGAUGUGACACUUUUAAAAGAGAUGGUAACCUACUACUAAAAAUAUGAAUAGGAUUUGGUGACAUAGGAUGCCAAAGAUGAGAUGUUGAGAAUCCCUGUUGAAAGCAACAGUAACAAGGUGUUCAUCUGUAAGUAAUAAUCUUCAGAAGUCUAGCUUCUGGGGAAACCCAGCAAUUAUUAUUUGAUAUGAGAUGAAAACAUUCUAGAACAAUCAUAGUUAUCAUGACUGUUUGGUUAAUUAACAUAUGAUAAGUUAAAUCUCAAUGUAGUCUUUGACAAUCUCUCAAACAUGGUUUCAGUGUUAUUUUGUUAAGUUCUGUACAUUUAGAAUUCACUAUGGCUUCCAAACAUGAGAAAGCCAGGUAUGCAGGAUCUGAAGAAGAACUCAGUUAGUUGGUCCCAUCUAGAGAUAAUAGCCUACAUCUCCCACAAUACAUGAAAAGCAUGUUGUUAGUGGGGGGGCAGGGGGGCAGAAUUCUAUUUCAACAAGGAUGCUAGGCAUGAUGAGGGUGGUUGAAGGUGCUGACCUGUGAUUUGGUAACCUAUUAUUGGCUGCUGCGAUGGGACUGAUCCAGCCAAUGAGCUGCAGGUGAUUGGUGGCUGUUUAAUUCCAACUACUCUUAACGUAGCAACAGGAAGCGCACUAAGUGUGCUGUUAAUUUUUAUUCAGAAAUCUCUGAAGCUCAAUACCUAUUUCAAGGAGUUGGCCCUGAGAUAUGUUCUCUGUCUUCCUCCACUUGCUCCAAAAGAUACUCAUACCCUGAAAAAUGAAACUUAUUAAGUGACAGGCGGGGCAGGUGAUGGCAGAACUACGAGAAAUCUAAUAUAGUUUCCUGAUAUUCUCUUUCUGUUUCAGAAUCUCAGUGCCCCUGUGUCUUUAGCUUACCUGGUAAUUUUCCAAAUUCUGAGUCAUUCUGCUAUCUCCAGUUUGCUCUUCAAUUUGAACAUUUUUCUGCCCUUUCUUUUCAUUACUUCAGCACAGGCACUCAUGAUAAUCCCAAAGAAAAUCCUAAAGAAUGACACAGACCUAGCUGUAUAGGUAAUCAAGUCUAACCUACUGUUUAGUAAUGGCUUCGUCUAGCUUCUGCUUAAGCAAUCCCAAUGAAAGGGAGACCACCACUUCUUUGGCAGAGAAAAGGGAGUCAAUUGUUUUACAAAAUAAUGGGAAUUAACUUGCUGGCUUCAAUGAUACCUGUCAAAGAAAUCUGACACUUACGGCAAAACCACACUAAUGGAGAGAAAGUAAUGUAUUUAUAUAAAAGAAUUAUUGAAAGUAACACUGUCAGGUUUGACCAAGCGUGCAGUCAGAAAAACUUAAUUAGGAUUUUUGUGCUGUCAGAUUUGCAAAAUUCAUUUUAGAAUAGUCAAGGACUGGAAGACUGGUUUCCUGUUCUCUGUUUAGUUGGAGUUAGGCUGCAGCCAUUAGGUCCUAAAUAUCAUUUGUUUGGUUUAGGCUUAGCAGAUCCAAUUAAACUGAGCCAUUUUGGUUCAUAAACCUUGGUGUAUUGUGGGAACCCAGCAAAAUAUAGAUUUGUGCUUCAACAAUCCGUAACUUGGCAUGAUACAUGAACCAACCCUUCCAGCAAAUUCCAAAUUUCAUUAUCUCUCUUCCUGAUCUGGAAAUAGAUUAAAGGGCAAUUUCUGUUCCAAAUGAACUUGUGCCUGAGCUGAUCGUCCCUUUGUCAGUAAUCUGUUUAGGAAGAAGGGAUGACCCAUAACAUGUUCUUCUACACAAGCUUAAGUGAAAUGGAUAUAUGUGGCUAAACCCCUGCAUAGAUUGUAUGCUUCAAAUGGGAGUUUGUCCAGAAGAACUUGGAUCAGGGCUGUCUCCUUCUUAUGUUUGUGUUUGUGACUCUAGAUCCACCCAAGUAUUUCUCACUCUCUGUGGUUGUCACUGUUGCAAGUGCCUGGGAAGCAGGUCACUUAUAAAGUAAAUGUUGAGAUCUAUUUUAAAUGUUCCUUUUAUUAGAAGGCUAGAGCUAAUUUAACUUGUAUUCCUUAUUGUAAUGCUUUUUAUAUUGAAAGGGAUUUUUUGUAACAUAAAAAUAGGAUGCUAUUCUGAAGCAUUUGCACAGUUUCUGUGUGCAUUUCUUAAAAAAUGAAAAGACAAAAAUAAAGACACUGUGACAACAAAGCUUUACUUUCCACAA